UGGCCAAAUAAUUGUUGAGCUUUGUGCACCAUCUCCUCUGAUUGUAUAUAUGAACUUCCCAAACAUCUCUCCUUCUCCAUCAAACUCCCAAACACACAGCCUUUGCUAGCAAAUGUCUCUCCUCCUCACAACAUCACCCAAACACUGCGCAAACAAAGGUCUAAACCUCAAGAAACUUAUCAACAAGAAGCUCCUCUACUUCCUCUCCACCUUCUUCUUCUCCAUCCUCUCCAUAGUUAUACUCAUCUGGUUCAUCCUCCACCCUUCAAAGCCUGAGUUCUAUCUCCAAAACACUGAUAUCUACCAACUAAGCCUAUCAUCUCCUCACCUUUUAAACUCCACCAUUGAAGCUACCUUGUUAUCCAAGAACCCCAACACAAGGGUAGGCAUAUACUAUGAUAAAGUUCGAGUCUAUGCCGCCUAUAAAGGCCAGCAGAUCACCGGAGACUCAGAGCUACCAUCCUUCUAUCAAGGCCAUGAGGAAAGUAACUUCUUGAGUACAUCCUUGUAUGGAAAUGGAAUGCCAGUGUAUCCUUUGUUUGGCUAUGAGGUUAGCAGAGACCAGACCACCGGGAAGCUUAUUGUCGACCUGAAGCUUGACGGGCAACUGCGUUGGAAGGUUGGUAUGUGGGUUUCCGGGAGGUAUAGGUUUGAUGUUGAUUGCACUGCAGCUAUUGGCACCAAGCAAGGAGAUGCACCAGGACCUAUGAGUUUGGUGGAGGGAACACAGUGCUCUAUUACAGUGUGAUUUUCAACCUAUAUAUAUAUAUAUAUAUAUAUAUAUAAGCUCAUGCAUGAUUGUGUGUGGAGAGUUGCAUCCCUUGUUUCUAGCUUCUGAUUAAUUACAGUGUGAUAUAGUAUUGUUUGAGAAAAAAGAUAUUCACUGGUUAUGAGUUUAAUUUCUUCUUCCAGUUAGUAAGAGUUAGAGGAGUUUCUGCUGAAUUAUGGGAAGUCCUAAUCACAAUCAUACCCAUCAUUUAAUUGGGGCGCAUUUCAGACUAA